AGGAGGAGGUGGAGGAGGAGCAGGAGGAGCAGGAGGAAGAAGAUGAAGAUGAAGAUGAAGCGGAGCUGAAUCCGGAAACUUUCUGAUGCUUCUUCUCUCUGAGGCUGUGAGCAGACUUCCUGUCCCGCCUCCACCAUGAGUGACAUCUACGAGUCAGCGGCCAACUCCCUGGGUCUCUUCAGCAGCCCCUGUCUGACCAAAGUGGAACUGCGACUCACCUGUAAAGGAAUCUCAGACCGAGACGCUCUGUCCAAACCCGACCCCUGCGUCGUCCUCAAAAUGAAGUCCCACGGACAGUGGAUGGAGGUGGACCGGACAGAGGCGAUGCGCAGCUGUGUGAACCCCACAUACUCUAAGGUUUUCACUCUGGACUUCUACUUUGAAGAGGUGCAGCGUCUACGCUUCGAGUUGUACGACAUCAACAGCAACGGCCUGAAGGAGGCCGACUUCCUGGGCUCAGUGGAGUGCACGCUGGGACAGAUCAUCUCUCAGAGGAAACUGUCUAAAGCUCUGCUCAGACCUGGAGGAACUGUGGGAAAAACCAUCAUCACGAUCACAGCGGAGGAGCUGACGGGGAACGACGACUACAUCGAGCUCUCCUUCAGCGCCAGGAAACUGGAUGAUAAGGACUUCUUCACUAAGUCAGACCCGUUCCUGGAGAUCUACAGACUGAAUGAUGAUGCCACACUGCAACUUGUCUACAGAACUGAGACUGUUAUGAAUAAUCUCAACCCAGUGUGGAAAACCUUCAAAGUUUCCCUCAACUCACUCUGCAGUGGAGACCAUGAACGCAAGCUGCAGUGCACCGUGUGGGACUGGGACUCCAACGGGAAACACGACUACAUCGGAGAGUUUGAGGCCUCGUUCAAAGAGAUGAGAGGAGCCAUCGAUGGGAGACAGGUGCAGUGGCCAUGUUUAAAUCCCAAAUACAAAGUGAAGAAGAAGAAUUAUAAGAACUCUGGGAUCGUCAUCCUGAACCAGUGCAAGAUCAUCAAGAUGCACUCGUUCCUGGAUUACAUCAUGGGAGGCUGUCAGAUCCAGUUUACAGUAGCCAUUGACUUCACGGCCUCUAACGGAGAUCCUCGUAACAGCUGUUCUCUUCACUACAUCCACCCGUACCAACCCAACGAGUACCUGAAGGCUCUGGUUGCCGUGGGUGAGAUCUGCCAGGACUACGACAGUGACAAAAUGUUCCCGGCGUUUGGCUUCGGCGCUCAGAUCCCUCCUGACUUCAAGGUCUCCCACGACUUUGCGGUGAAUUUUAACAAGGAGAACCCGGAGUGUGCAGGUAUCCAGGGAGUCGUUGAGGCCUACCAGGCCUGCCUCCCCAAACUGCAGCUCUACGGUCCCACCAACAUCGCCCCCAUCAUCCAGAAGGUGGCCAACUCCGCCUCGCAGGAGGUCCACACCAAAGAGGCCAUGCAAUACUUCAUCCUGCUGAUCCUGACGGACGGCGUCAUCACCGACAUGGCUGACACGAGGGAGGCCAUCGUCCAGGCCUCACGCCUCCCCAUGUCCGUCAUCAUCGUUGGGGUCGGGAACGCCGACUUCAGCGACAUGCAGAUGCUGGACGGCGACGACGGGAUCCUCCGAUCUCCUAAAGGAGAACCCGUCCUGCGCGACAUCGUCCAGUUUGUUCCCUUUCGCAACUUCAAACAUGCGACUCCAGCUGCUCUGGCUAAGAGCGUGCUUGCAGAAGUGCCCAACCAGGUGGUUGACUACUACAACAGCAAGGGCAUCAAGCCCAAAGUGCCCAGCGAGUACCAGUCUUCCAGGUCGUUCGGCCCCUGAGCGCCGCCGCCACGGUGGCCACUGACAGCACAUGGUGUUCUGGACUGAGGGAAAUGUCGCCCGUGUUGUGUUCUUUGUUAUUGAAGAUGUUAAAGGUGCUACACGCAGCAUUUUACCACGAGGAGGUGUUUAUAUCAGACACACGUGUUCUACAGCAAGAUAGAUUUUACAGAUACUUUCAUUUAAAGCUCAGAACAAGUCGAGGACAUUUCCUCAUCUGUUGUCGUCUUUGUACGAGAAGCUGCAGUUAGGAUCUUCUCAUCAGGGAAACACAUGAAAGUACAGUAGCUGGGAUGUUCCAAUUCAAAGAGCGAUGUGAUGAAGUGUGUUUUCCAGCUGCACAGUUUCCCGUCAGUCAGCGUGAACACAGCAGCUGAGGUUCGUGUGUUUCUGUCUUUAUUGAUGCUGAACACAGACGAUCCUGCACCAGUGAGUUCGUACAGGACCUGGUCUGAAUCAGCCCGUCUCAAGAGGAGCACAUUUUAUAUACGACCCCUCCAUUAAUUAAAUACAGCCUCGUUUCCAAAGACCCAGAGAACAAGACAUCAGACAAACUCAACCUAUCAGAGCAACUUCCUCUGUUCUUAACUCAACAAGAGUCAAAUACAAACUCUCUGAGCAGUGAAUAAAGCUCAGUCCCAUGUGAGGAUCCUCUCCCAGGACAGUAGAUUCACCUCUGAUCAGGUGAUUACAAGUUUCACAGACGGACGACAAGUUAUUUUCACGAUAUGACUGAUGCAGAUCGAAGCACCUGCAGACAAAAUGACUUUCAGGUGAUCUCCUAACUCGAUUAGUUUUUCUGGAACUUAUCAGAAACGUACCACAGAGUUUUAGGACCAUGUUAAAGAAAACUAUUUUGAGAUUUCAAGAGUAAAGUUGUAAUUGAGAAGAAUUUCGCAAUAAAUCAAAAAUAAAGUUGUAAUUUUACGAGAACAAACCGACAUUUUUUUCUGACCUGUGUGUGGCGCUCUGGUCCAUUUAAGUUAACAUGAUUGUAGCUUUUAGUUCAUGUUACGUGGACUCACUCACUAAUCGCUAAUUACUACGUUGUAAAUAUCCUUCAUGGUCAACAUCCAGGUUCUAAAUAGCAUCAGCUAUGUAGCAUGAAGAGCUGCAGCGAAGUUUGUCUUCCUCUUUGUUCUGCGUUAGCAUUCAGCUCGUUUUGAAAAACUGUUUUACGUCAGAUUUCAAACCAAAACAAAUUCACUUCAGGCAAAUUAAAGCUCACACAGACACAAACUGUUUAAUAAACUAACUGAGACAUUUUUAUCUCGUUAGCAACUAAACCAGCUAAUCCGAUGGUUAGCUAACAGGUAGCAGGACGGCUACUGUGGUGAUGCAUGUUUGUGGUUAGCUCGUUAGCCACCGCAGCCCAGCUAGCACUACAAGUAGUCAAUAUGUCAUAGUUCCCAGCACUACUCAUCUCACACGGACUCAAAUAAAUGUCAUGGUGCUGCUACACACAGCCGCCAUCUUUACUUGUCAUAAACAUGGGUAUCUGUUGCUUCCUAGCUACCACUGCUAGCAGGAAGCAGAGGGGUUUGUGGGAAACUAGGAAAGUUCUCUAUGGGGAAAUAAUUCAUUUCAUCAAGCGUCAUGUCUGAAAAUGCUAAGUGUAGCACCGUUAGCAUCCGUGGUGCAUGCAGGGCCUCAACGUCUCGUUACGUUCAGGAGUGUUUAUUUAUAUGGACAUGAAAAGCACACAAACAAAACACUGACCAAUCAAAUCGCUGCUUCUCCGCUGACAGCAUGACGGGCGGGAAACAGUCGCUGAAGGAAUGUAUGAAUCCCUCCCCCUCCUCCUGGUUUGUUUUUAUAAAAGUGUAUUGAGAUUUUGCUAAAUUUCGUAAUGUUCGUACGAUGUGAAGCAUUUUGGAUCUCUGCCGGAGGAACAAGCGAGCGGCCUUCACAGACGUCUGCAGCCUCUGUUUUUCUGAAGGCGAGGCAAAUGCAUGAACUGUUGUUUUGCAUGCAAAUCUCCAGGUAGGACUCUGGGUCCUCUGGGUCUGUUUCCUGCUCGUGAGUCAUAUGAGUAAUAAAGACGUUUACAAUGUACCCGAUAAAGGGGCGGUUCUACUCUGAGCAUGUUCAUGUGUCAACGAAAAUGUGAGAGUAGACUUUAAAAAGCACAACUUAAGUAUCUUUGGAGAGAUUUUAGAUUAUAAUGAUAGUUUCUGGUCAUUUUGUGCCACAACAUCUGUCAGAAAACUUUAUUCAAUUUCUUACUCUAAGUUUUUUAAUUAUUGAACUAAUCACAUUUGGUUUCUGGAAAGAUUCGAUCUGCAGCUGCACUGUUGAGUCUCUUUAAAUCUACUUUUCUUUCUUUUCUUACACAAACUUUAUAAAAUCCUAAAAACAAAAACUACACUACCCACAAUCCUCAGCUGUAAAAGUGAUGUCUCUAAUUGGUGGAGAUCACUGUUACCAUGGAAAUGUUUAUCAUCUUCAACAUUCGCAAUGGUUUAUGGGUAGUGUAGAUCCUUCACUCUUGAAAUAAUAUAUUUCAAUAUUUUCAUUCUCUGAAUUUAAAGGUGUUUUGGUUCUGAUUCAUCUCGGAGACGCUGGUUCAGGAUUUAAAACUCUUUCUAUAGAAGAACAUGAAGAGAAGUCGACUUCCUGAACCAGAGUCGCUCUGGAAGUGGACGCUCACUGUUACGCUCUAUGACUGUUGCUCAAUAAGUCAAAUCACAUGUUCAACCUAUAAUUUUACAUCUGUAACAUAACCCUAACCCUAAGUUAAUUUCAUCUUUAUUAUACACAGCAAUUUGACUUCCUGUACUCAAACCUGUGGGGACUGUGAUUGUAUUUGGUUUGGUCAUUGAUUAUUUAUUGAUUAUUUUAUUACAGGAAGUUUAAUUAAGUUGAUAAAAGAUGGAGGACAGGUGUUGAGUCACAUGACUUAAUUGUUGUGUUAACAUGCAGUAUUGUGUGCGAUACAAUGACAAACUGACUUAUGAUAAUAAAAGUUUUAUCAGUAA